GCGCGACAAUGCGGCAGUGAUGACUCGGGACAAUAGCCUCAAUUAUGAAAUGGGGAUGCUGCCCAUACCUGGCGAACAAUAUAAGGAUGCGUGGGCCUGUUAAUAUCCUCACCUCUCGGUCACGUCUCUCCUCGUUCUUUCCACGUCUGGUGUCGGGACACCCUCCAUUCUUUACUGAGCUUCAGCCCGCAAGCGACUCGGAUUCACGUCUCUCUCUUUCAUACCUGCUCUCGUUCCUUCCAGUCAGACACAUCAUAUAGACUGCUCCAAGAUGCUGCCUCCUCGUGCAUAUAUCUUCUUCGGCUUGAACGCCGUCCGCGCCCUAAGCAUCGUCUCUCUUCUACUUGUCUUCGCAAGCAGCAUCUUCGUCAUGACCAAAGACGUCCAAGCAUUCCACGACUUCCAGGCCCAAUCGAACAGCACCAGUUAUCAAAACUGCGAUUAUAUCCCGAAUAGCGACGUCCCGAACCAACCAGCCGGUAUAUUCUGGGCGGUCAUCAACCGCAUCCUCAUAAUGUUGGAGGUCAUCGCCCUCAUCCUCUCGGAGGUUGGCUGGCCCUACGCCUUCUUCAACCGCUUCUUCCCAGUCCUCGGCAGCGAGUUCGGGCUCGGGCCCCUAGGCAUCUUCGAGGGCCUGAUCGGCGCCACCAUCCUCUCGCACCACGUUGACGACUUCACGCUUGUCGCAGCGUUCUUCCUCUUCGCCCUCGGCUGCGUCAACAUGCUCCUCGGCCUCAUCUUCCGCGAACGUGCGAAGGAGCGCCGCUGCAUCUUCGCGUGGCGCGAGCGCGCGAAGGACGUCCUCCCUACGAGCAAGCUGCCUGGUCCCCUCCAGGCACCGGCGGAGAAAUUCGUCGACGACGUCUUCAACGGGAACUGGAAGGGCGGUGCCACUGAGUUCGGGCGGAAGAAGGCUGGCUUCGGCUUCGGAAGGCAGGGUGAGAAGCAAGCUGGGCUGAAGGGCUUCCUCAUCUCGAAGCCCCUGGAGACGCUUCCUCGUUACGCAGUACCCCCACGACCGGGAACCCCCUCGACCACGAGCUCGCGCUCAGCGACGCCUGAGCCGCGGUUCAAGUCAAGUCCCAUUGCCAUCUAAACGCGCGCGACGAGCAUUAGACGAUACUUGACGUCUACAGAUACUACUCACCCAUCAGGAUGAUCUACACCAUGGACAACACUUUAAUCUGUCGUGCCUCUGCGAGGCCUUUGCAACGUAUCUCUGUAGCCUUAGUUAGCGGCGCUUGCCUGUACUUGUUGUAACAUACCACGGGGUUAAUGGUGGAUCAGUGUACUUACGCAUGGCGCAAUGUUAGCUCGCACUUCCCAUUGUCCG